AUGACGCCAGGAGAACUGGCUGCCUUUGCCAGCACGGUGGGCGCGUUCUCCGCCGGUCAAAUCGACCGACUAUACCAGCUUGUUGUGGGACCCCGGGGUGGUGUUGGCGCAUCCGCGCUCCGCGAGCAGUGGCGCUCUCUCGGACUCCAGGACGGCGGCAACAGCGUCGCUGGGGAUGUCGCCGACGACUUAUGCCUUGAGUUCAUCAUUGACGUCGCCGACACCGACCCGGACACCCCGCUGGAGUCCAAAUUCUUUGAAAUUCUAGACGCAGCUAACAUUGCCUUGACCACCACCACCACCACCACGUCCUCUCCUCGACCAUCCUCCGCAUACUCCAUCGAGUCCAUCGACGAGAAUGAACCGCUCUGGCGCCAGGCCGUCGUGCUCGACAACCGGAGAUUGGUCUCCCAGGUCAUAGAUAUCUGGCAGGAUCGAGUCAUCGAGCGUCGCGCCGCUUAUGAGCAAUAUGAGGAUCCCGAAGCCAAUGCCGUUGCUGAUAACCAAUAUCGAGACAAACUGGCCAAGAGGACAAUCGAUCACUGGCGCUCGCGUGUGCAGCAUGUUAAAACCUUAGAAGCCAUGGCAGCCGGCUUGCUCUUUCGGAGAGACGCGACAAGAACACUGACGGCAUUGAUACUCGCCGAGCGCGAGACUGUCUUUGUCCGAGAGCGGCAACGGCGAUCAGCGGCCCGAUUCCUCGCCAUCUGGCGACAGAAGACCGCGCUGAUCCGAGAGAUGGAGGACCACGCCGACAACUUCCGCAACCUCCACGCAGCACAAAACGUCUUGGCCUGCCUCUCCGAGACACGUCAGCACCAUGAAGAGGCCGAAUGCCGCGCCGUCACGAUCUACGAAGGCACCCUCGCACGGCGGGUCUUCAAUCAAUGGUUCGCACAGUCUCAAGCUAUCUGUGUCAACCAUGAGCGUGCGGAGGCCGCGGCCGACUAUUUCGCCGCGAAACACGCCUUCCAAAAGCUCCGCGCGAGAGCUCAAUCUCGACUGGCCCAGAAAGAGAUCACUCAAGCGCGCAUCCACCUCCUCUGCCUCAAGUACUUCCGAAAAUGGAGACUGGCCGUCCGAGACAUCAAAGAGGCCAAAUACAACGCGGCCUACAAGACGAUGCGUCGCAAAGUCAAAGAAAACAUCGCGAGAGCCUCACUGACCAUCUGGAGAGAAAAGAUGCGGCGCGUCAGAGCGAUGCACGCCACCGCGGACGAGAUUCUGGCGCAAAAGCAAGGAGAAAACGCCAGAAAGAUGGCUCACAGUGCGAUAGUCGCAAUGUAUCGACACACUGAAGAAACGCGACGGGCCGAGAGCCUAGCAGACGAAUUCUACCACCAGACGUUGGUUCGACGGCUCGGGAUUUUCGGUGCGCACUGGCUCGUGCCCGCCAGACAGAUUUUGGCAAAUCAGCGCGUCGCCGACGAGUACCGCGCCACGAGACUGGCCACAUACACAUUGAGCGCGCUGAGGACGAUGCGGAACUACGCCUUUCGAGCGAAGAGACUGGAAGAAGACGCCGACACGCUCCGCCAACGUAACGAGAAGAAACGCGCUCUGGCGUUCUUGCACAGAUGGAGACAGGCUGCCGUGCGAGCUCAAGAGGAUGGAGGAGCCGCAGUGGAGAAUUCUCUGGUGCCAGCGACGCCCGCGGCUCGACGAAGCCAAUUGCUCGCAUCCACCACGCCGGCAUACACGCCUGGUACGGGCCUGUUUGGUGCCACUGGUCGCACGAUCGACGAAGAGCAAGACGAAGCCGAAGAGGAAGAGGAAGAGGUAGAUGAGCCGGAUGAGGUCCGGGCGUCAUGA